UUCAAAGUAGGACGCCACCUCACCCUUCCACCAAGCGCAUUACUUUCCAUCGCGCGAAGCGUGGGAGGUAUUUUCCUUACCCUUCUACCUCUCUUUACUCUGUGUCGCAUCUCUGUGGUCAUUUCUGCGGCACCUGGGACGCGUCCAUACCGCGGAGCUCGCAAGAGCUAACUUUUUCAACUCCUGGGGAACUUAGAGGAACCAGUCUUUGCUGUUUACUGUUCUCAAUUCAAGAUGGUACCUCCACCCCCUCCUCCCCCGCCACCUCCUCCACCACCUCCUCCUGGACCGCCUGGCUCUAGCUAUGGCGCUCCCCCCCCUCCUCCUCCCCCUCCUCCGCCACCGGGCGCUCCUGGCGCUGUCGCGUCUCUGAGUAGCCGGCCGCCGGUGGAUCCUCAAAUCGCAAAGUUUGCGCAGAAGAAGAAGGAAUGGCUUCGGCAACAGCGGCAGCGUUUCGGCGAGCGAAGAAAGGCUGGGUUCGUGGAAACGCAGAAGGCAGAUAUGCCCCCUGAGCAUUUGCGCAAGAUCUUCAAGGACAUUGGCGAUGUUUCACAAAGGAAAUUCUCCAGCGAUAAGCGGAGCUACCUAGGAGCAUUGAAGUUCAUGCCCCACGCGGUCCUAAAGCUUCUAGAGAACAUGCCGAUGCCUUGGGAAAGCAGACGCGAUGUUAAGGUGCUCUAUCACAUCAAUGGCUGCUUGACACUAGUGAACGAGAUCCCGCGCGUUAUAGAGCCAGUUUUCCACGCACAGUGGGCAGCCAUGUGGUUGGCCAUGCGAAAGGAGAAGAGCGACCGUCGCCAUUUUAAACGGAUGCGAUUUCCCCCAUUCGACGAUGAAGAGCCGCCCCUGUCCUAUUCGGAGAAUAUCGAGGAUGUGGAACCUCUCGAGCCUAUCCAGCUGGAACUUGAUGAGGAUGAAGAUGCUGCGGUCAUCGACUGGUUCUACGAACAUCGGCCCUUGCUGGAUACUUCGCACGUGAAUGGCGAUAGCUACAAGGAGUGGAACCUGGAUCUUCCUAAGAUGGCUACGUUGUAUCGGCUUAGUCGCCAACUUCUGAGCGACCUCGUGGAUAAGAACUACUUCCACAUGUUCGAUCUUGACAGUUUCCUUACCGCAAAGGCACUCAACGUUGCAAUCCCCGGCGGUCCUCGAUUCGAACCGUUGUACAAGGACAUCGAUCCUAACGAUGAAGACUUUGGAGAAUUCAAUGCGAUUGAUCGAAUCAUUUUCCGCUCGCCGAUCCGGACUGAAUACCGAGUUUCAUUCCCUUACCUUUAUAAUUCUCUACCCCGGAGCGUCAAAGUUGCUUGGUACUCCUACCCCCAGGUUGUAUAUGUUCGUUCGGAAGACCCCAGCUUGCCGGCGUUCUACUUCGAUCCUAUCAUCAAUCCGAUAUCAUCGCGAGCGGUUGCUCCCAAGAACAUCACCGUCAGUCAUGAGGAUGAGAUUUUUGGCUUAGGAAAUGAUGUAGAUGACGAUUUCGAGCUUCCCGACGAUGUCGAGCCUUUCAUGGCAGAGGAGGAGCUUUAUACACCAGACACAGCUUCCGCUAUCGCCUUGUGGUGGGCCCCGCAUCCUUUCGACAAGAGGUCAGGGAGAAUGGUAAGAGCCGAGGACGUACCACUCGUAAAACAGUGGUACUUGGAGCAUGUCCCCGCAGGUCAGCCAGUGAAGGUGCGGGUCUCGUACCAGAAGCUUCUGAAGACCUACGUGCUCAAUGAACUGCACAAGAAGCAACCGAAAGCUCAGAACAAGCAAAAUCUCAUGAGGACGCUCAAGGGGACAAAGUUCUUCCAACAGACCAAGAUCGAUUGGGUCGAAGCUGGACUUCAAGUUUGCCGUCAAGGCUACAACAUGCUCAAUCUCUUGAUCCAUCGCAAGAACUUGACGUACCUCCACCUUGACUAUAACUUCAACCUGAAGCCCGUCAAAACGCUCACCACGAAAGAGCGGAAGAAGUCUCGCUUCGGAAACGCAUUCCAUCUCAUGCGUGAGAUCUUGCGGUUGACAAAACUCAUUGUAGAUGCGCAAGUACAAUACCGCCUGGGCAAUAUCGACGCCUUCCAGCUGGCCGACGGCAUCCUCUAUGCUUUCAAUCACGUUGGCCAGCUUACUGGAAUGUACCGAUACAAGUACAAGUUGAUGCAUCAAAUUCGUUCCUGCAAAGACUUGAAGCAUUUGAUAUACUACCGUUUCAACUCUGGUCCUGUCGGGAAGGGACCAGGAUGUGGUUUCUGGGCUCCAGCAUGGCGUGUUUGGCUGUUCUUCAUGCGUGGAAUCAUCCCUCUUCUCGAGAGAUGGCUAGGUAAUCUUCUAUCGCGCCAGUUCGAAGGCCGACACAGCAAGGGUGUUGCCAAGACCGUCACGAAGCAGCGUGUCGAGUCACACUUUGAUCUCGAACUCCGCGCUGCGGUUAUGAGCGAUCUGAUGGAUAUGAUGCCAGAAGGUAUCAAGCAAAGCAAGGUGAAUACUGUUCUACAGCAUCUGUCGGAAGCAUGGCGGUGCUGGAAGAGCAAUAUUCCUUGGAAGGUGCCUGGACUCCCUGCCCCCAUUGAGAACAUCAUUCUCCGAUACGUCAAAAGUAAAGCGGAUUGGUGGAUUUCGGUUGCCCAUUAUAACCGCGAGCGUAUUCGACGCGGUGCUACAGUGGACAAGACGGUGGCGAAAAAGAAUCUCGGACGUCUCACACGAUUGUGGUUAAAGGCGGAGCAAGAGCGUCAACACAACUACAUGAAGGAUGGACCGUAUGUCUCUUCGGAAGAGGCCGUCGCCAUCUAUACAACGAUGGUUCACUGGCUAGAAGCUCGCAAGUUCCAGCCGAUCCCGUUCCCGAGUGUCUCAUACAAGCAUGACACCAAGAUUCUGAUUCUGGCCUUGGAACGGUUGCGAGAAGCAUACUCGGUCAAGGGGCGCCUGAAUCAGAGCCAGCGCGAGGAGCUGGCGCUUAUUGAACAAGCGUAUGACUCUCCCGGGACCACGUUGGCGCGCAUAAAGAGGUUCCUCUUGACCCAGCGUGCGUUUAAGGAGGUGGGCAUCGACAUGAACGACAAUUACAGCACCAUUAAUCCGGUGUACGACGUUGAGCCCAUGGAGAAGAUAACCGAUGCUUAUCUUGACCAAUACCUCUGGUACCAGGCCGAUCAACGCCAUCUUUUCCCGAACUGGAUCAAGCCCUCUGAUUCCGAGGUGCCACCUCUGCUGGUUUACAAGUGGGCUCAAGGAAUCAACAAUCUUGAUAAAGUCUGGGAGUAUCAGGACGGCGAAUGCAAUGUGAUGAUCGAGACACAGUUGUCCAAGGUCUAUGAGAAAGUCGACAUCACCAUGCUGAACCGCCUGUUGCGCUUGAUCAUGGAUCACAACCUCGCCGACUACAUCACGGCCAAGAACAAUGUUCAGCUCAACUAUAAGGACAUGAAUCACACUAAUGCAUACGGCAUGAUCCGCGGUCUUCAGUUCUCCGCUUUUGUUUUCCAAUAUUAUGGGCUGGUACUGGAUAUCCUUCUCCUUGGUCUACAAAGAGCGAACGAGAUUGCGGGUGCGCCCGAAAGUCCAAACGAUUUCUUGCAGUUUAAAGACAAGGAGACGGAGACUCGUCACCCCAUCCGGCUGUAUACCAGAUACAUCGACCGAAUCUGGGUGUUCUUCAGGUUCACGGCCGACGAAUCUCGCGACCUCAUUCAGCGGUUCCUAACCGAGCAACCCGAUCCGAAUUUCGAGAAUGUGAUCGGGUAUCGCAACAAGAAGUGCUGGCCAAGGGAUUCAAGAAUGCGACUUAUGCGCCAUGACGUUAACCUGGGUCGUGCGGUAUUCUGGGACCUGAAAAACCGUCUACCUCGGUCUGUCACCACCAUUGAGUGGGAUGAUACAUUUGCCAGCGUCUACAGUCGCGACAAUCCUAACCUCCUCUUCUCAAUGUGCGGCUUCGAAGUUCGCAUUCUGCCUAAGAUCCGUAACCUCAGCGAUGAGUUCCCUGUCAAGGACAGCGUGUGGUCUCUGGUCGAUAGUACCACGAAGGAACGUACUGCCCACGCCUUCUUGCAGGUCACUGAAGAGGAUAUUCAAAAGUUCAACAACCGCAUCAGACAGAUUCUCAUGUCUUCGGGAUCUACGACAUUCACCAAGAUUGCCAACAAGUGGAAUACAACACUGAUCGCCCUAUUCACGUACUACCGAGAGGCCGCCGUAUCUACUGUCAGCCUGCUUGAUACAAUUGUGAAGUGUGAGACCAAGAUCCAAACCCGUGUGAAGAUCGGCCUAAACUCGAAGAUGCCGUCACGUUUCCCACCUGCAGUCUUCUACACGCCGAAGGAGCUCGGAGGAUUGGGAAUGAUAUCUGGAUCGCACAUCUUAAUCCCAACCAGUGACAAACGCUGGUCGAAACAGACGGAUACCGGUGUCACCCAUUAUCGUGCUGGCAUGUCACAUGAUGAAGAGACUCUUAUUCCGAAUAUCUUCCGCUACAUCAUCCCGUGGGAGUCGGAGUUCAUUGAUUCACAGAGGGUGUGGAUGGAGUACGCCCAGAAACGCCAGGAAGCUAACCAACAGAAUCGACGUCUGACACUUGAGGAUCUGGAAGACAGCUGGGACCGGGGUCUGCCUCGUAUCAACACGCUAUUCCAGAAAGACCGGAGCACGCUCAGCUUUGACAAGGGCUUCCGCGCCCGGGCUGAGUUCAAGAUUUAUCAGCACAUGAAGAGCAAUCCAUUCUGGUGGACGAGCCAGCGUCACGACGGCAAAUUGUGGAACCUUAACGCCUACCGGACCGAUGUUAUCCAGGCUCUUGGCGGUGUGGAGACCAUCCUUGAACAUACACUGUUCAAGGCAACCGCGUUUCCGUCCUGGGAAGGCCUAUUCUGGGAAAGAGCGAGUGGUUUCGAGGAAUCGAUGAAGUUCAAGAAACUUACCAAUGCCCAACGAUCCGGUCUCAACCAAAUUCCCAACCGCCGUUUCACCCUCUGGUGGUCUCCCACCAUCAACCGAGCCAAUGUGUAUGUGGGUUUCCAGGUCCAGCUUGACUUGACCGGCAUAUUUUUGCACGGCAAGAUUCCUACGCUCAAGAUCUCGUUGAUUCAGAUCUUCCGUGCCCAUUUGUGGCAGAAGAUUCACGAGUCGGUCGUUAUGGAUUUGUGUCAGGUCUUUGACCAGGAGCUUGAAGCACUUGGCAUCGAGACUGUGCAGAAAGAGACUAUUCAUCCUCGAAAGUCUUACAAGAUGAAUAGCUCCUGCGCAGAUAUCUUGUUGUUUGCCAGCCACAAGUGGAGCGUUUCCCCGCCUUCCAUGCUCUACGACACCAAGGACACCAUGAGCUCGACGACUACGAAUAAAUUCUGGAUCGACGUACAGCUUCGAUAUGGUGAUUACGAUUCUCACGAUAUUGAGCGCUAUGUCCGCGCCAAGUACCUGGACUACACCACGGACAGCAUGAGCAUUUACCCCUCGGCCACCGGCUUGAUGAUCGGAAUCGACCUUGCCUACAAUCUGUACUCAGCUUAUGGCCAGUACUUCCCGGGUCUCAAGCAGCUCAUCCAGCAGGCCAUGGCAAAGAUUAUGAAGGCUAAUCCUGCUCUGUACGUGCUGCGCGAGCGUAUUCGCAAGGGUCUCCAGUUGUACGCAUCUGAGAGCAACCAGGAGUUCUUGAACUCGCAGAACUAUUCCGAACUGUUCAGCAACCAGGUUCAGCUAUUUAUCGAUGAUACCAACGUGUACCGCGUCACCAUCCACAAGACCUUCGAAGGUAACUUGACUACCAAACCCAUCAAUGGUGCCAUCUUCAUUUUCAAUCCCCGGACUGGUCAACUCUUCCUGAAGAUCAUUCACACCAGUGUCUGGGCUGGCCAGAAGCGUCUGGGUCAGUUGGCGAAGUGGAAGACAGCCGAAGAAGUCGCCGCUCUGAUUCGAUCGUUGCCCGUCGAAGAGCAGCCGAAGCAGCUCAUCGUCACCCGCAAAGGCCUCUUGGAUCCCCUCGAGGUACAUCUGCUUGACUUCCCCAACAUCUCUAUCCGUGCUUCGGAGCUGCAGCUGCCGUUCCAGGCCGCUAUGAAGGUCGAGAAGCUUGGCGAUAUGAUUCUGCGAGCGACAGGUCCGCAGAUGGUGCUCUUCAACCUCUACGAUGAGUGGUUGAAGACCAUCUCCUCUUACACGGCCUUCUCCCGAUUGAUCCUGAUUCUGCGCGCUCUCCACGUCAACAUGGACAAGACGAAAUUGAUCUUGCGCCCCGACAAGAGUGUUGUGACACAAGAACAUCAUAUCUGGCCGACUCUCUCGGAUGAGGACUGGAUCAAGGUCGAAGUGCAACUGCGUGAUCUCAUCUUGAAUGACUACGGCAAGAAGAAUAACGUCAACACGUCGUCUCUUACGAGCAGCGAGGUCCGCGAUAUCAUCCUCGGUAUGGAGAUAUCGGCUCCUUCCAUGCAGCGUCAACAGGCUGCCGAAAUCGAUAAGCAAAAAGAGGAACAGGCGCAAUUGACCGCUGUGACGACGAAGACGCAGAAUGUGCACGGUGAGGAAAUCAUUGUCACGACGACUUCCCAGUACGAACAGGCAACUUUUGCGUCGAAGACUGAGUGGCGCACCCGAGCUGUGGCAACUUCGAACCUUCGCACUCGCGCCAACAACAUCUACAUCAACUCGGAGGACGUCAAGGAAGACGGACAUAACACCUAUGUCAUGCCCAAGAACAUCUUGAAACGUUUCAUCACCAUUGCGGAUCUUCGGACCCAGGUUGCUGGUUAUCUUUAUGGCAGGUCACCCCCCGAUAACGAUCAAGUCAAGGAGAUUUGCACCAUUGUCAUGAUUCCGCAGGUCGGCGGAACCCGUGAUGUGCAGCUACCGAAGCAAUUGCCGCAGCAUGAGUAUCUUGACAACUUGGAGCCACUGGGAAUCAUUCACACGGUAAGCGGGAACGAACCGCCUUACAUGCCCGCAAGCGACGUGACUCAGCAUGCACGACUGAUGAAUGCGCACGCUAGCUGGGACAAGAAGACGGUCUCGAUGACUGUUUCCUUCACGCCAGGCUCCGUGUCGCUGGCGGCUUGGGCCCUUACUCCCAACGGCUACAAGUGGGGUGCUGAGAACAAGGACGUUAUGUCGGAUAAUCCAGCAGGCUUCUCUACCUCCUUUGGCGAGAAGUGCCAGCUUCUUCUCAGCGACAAAAUCCGUGGUUACUUCCUCGUCCCCGAAAACGGCAUUUGGAAUUACAGCUUCAUGGGUGCGGCAUUCAGCUCUGUGGAGAAGAAGCCUGUGCAUGUUAAGCUCGACACACCUGUGCGAUUCUACGAUGCCGUGCAUCGCCCGUUGCAUUUCUCGAAUUUUGCGGAACUGGAGGAUGUGUGGGUGGAUAGGGAGAAUCAAUUUGAAUAGAGGUGGAGCAGUGAUACCACUAUGUAUGGAUUGACGCAUUGAAGGGGCAAAAGGAAAGGAAUGGGAUGGCACGGCGUUCAUAAGGAUGGAACGGGCGUAUAUUGAAGCACCAGUGUACAUUAAUCCUUGUGUUUAUACUAGGUAAUUGAGCGAAUCGAACGUACGUAUCUCGGAG